AUGGUCCAGAACCAGAAAACACCAUCGCAGCACAAUUCGACGUUGUUCAUCUCGCCGAUGAUCAACAGCCGUCGGCAGAAUCUUUUUGUAACUCCUCCAAAUCCAGCAGCACAGACUUUGUUUGAUAGUCCUGGGUCGAAUCGGUCUCUGUUUUUCAAUCUUGAGCGAGGCAACGUUAAUGACGAUACUACUUCGAACUCCAACAUACCACCUGCUGCUGAACCGCUUACACCAGCCGAAAAACUUCGGUUGUGGAGACAUGAUGCCUUGAUGCAACAUCAAUAUAAGACAGCCGAGUUCAUCGGUGACAAAGUUCUUGCACUCACAGACGAUCCCAAUGAUGCGUUCUGGUUGGCACAAGUAUACUUCAACAGCGGGAAUUAUCUUCGGGCCAAGCUGUUGCUUACCAGCAAGCCGGAAUUCGAGAAGUCGGUUAGUUGUAGGUAUCUUGCUGCAUACUGCUUGAUCAAGCUAGAGUUAUGGGACGAGGCUCUUGAUCUUGUUGGCGAAAGUAACCCAUUCCGUAAAGACGACAAGUAUCAAGUCCGCAGCACUGAUGGUGGGAUCAAGCUUGAGGCUUCUAUUUGCUAUUUGAGAGGUCUCAUCUAUGCCAACCAGAAUAACUUUGAAAAAGCUAAGGAGUCAUAUAAAGAAGCUAUCCUAGUAGAUGUAAAAUGCUAUGAAGCAUUCACGGAAUUGAUCAGCAACAACUUGAUGACACCCAGAGAAGAAUGGGAUUUCAUCACGACGUUAAAUUACCGGGAUGCAGAUGAUAACGAUGAGCUCAUCAAAUUGCUCUACACAUCUCGCUUGAGCAAGUACCUCAAUGUAUCCAAGCUUUACGAGGCAGAACAUAUCUUGACAGAAGAGUACGACUUGGGAGACAAUUGUGACAUUCUCUUGAGCAAAGCCGACUACCUAUACGUACAGUGUAAUUUCGACGAGUGCCUCUCGAUAUGUGAACAGAUAUUACGGAAGGACCAGUACAACUUCGACAUUAUUCCGAAUUAUCUAAGUUGUUUGCACGAGCUAGGAGGCAAGAACAAGUUGUUCUUAAAAGCGCACCAGUUGGCAGAAAACCACCCUACCAACCCCAUGACAUGGUUGGCCAUAGGGACGUACUACUUAUCAAUUAGUAAGAUAGCUGAGGCCAGAAAGUUUUUCAGCAAAGCAACGCUCUUGAAUCCCAACUUUGGGCAGGCUUGGAUCGGAUUUGCACACACUUUUGCAGCCGAAGGAGAACACGAACAAGCCAUCAGCGCCUAUGCUUUUGCAGCCAGACUCUUUCCUGGAACACAUUUGCCCAACCUCUUUCUUGGGAUGCAACAUUUGCAAAUGAACAACCUCAACUUAUCGGAAGAGUAUCUUGCGGCAUCGUACCAGAUUUGCAAUUCGGAUCCGUUGCUCUUGAACGAGUUGGGAGUCAUCAAUUUCCACAAGAAUAAUUUCGCCAAGGCAGAAAUGUUUUUCCAGGAAGCUUUGGGAGCUGCCAAGUACUUGAAUUCUGAUUCCAAGACUUGGAUAUCUAUACAUGCCAACUUGGGUCACGUCUACAGAAGAGGUAACCAACCAAAUAAAGCAUUACAAUGUUUCAACCAAGUUCUAAAAAUAAGCAACAAGAACGACUCCAAUAUCUUGGCUGCUAUAGGAUUAAUCAACUUGAAGUUGGGAAAUUACUUCAAGGCUAUAGAUGUCUUGCACGAUGCCCUUGCUAUCUCACCUUCUGACCCCGUAGCAUCAGAUUUGUUACGAAGAGCAUUGGAGUCCAACAAAAACAACGGAAACUCGUUCAUCAGAAGUAAUGGAGAAAAAUUGCUUGAGCUCAACUUGCCAACACUUCAAUAUAGACAGAAACAGAGCAGGAAAGAUGGCCUGCUUCAAGGUCAACAGACGGUGGUUAGUGCUCAGAACAGUAAAUUUAUGACCCCGUUAACUAACAAGACUAGAAUACUAAGAAAAGGCUCUGGUGUGCUUCAGCCCAUUGAAAAGGAUACUGACGAUACCCACGAAGCUUUCUACAUUGCUCAUGAACUCAAAAAAGGAAAUGAAUCUAGCGACGAAGACGAUGAAGCUAUUAUGGACAUUGAGAGCGAUUAG